GCAGUGCAACGGUUACGCGGAAUUCGGAGUGCGUCGAGUGGAGUGCGCCUUCUAAUUGUGAUCUGAAGGGCAAAGGAUAUGAGGAACCGAUCAUGACAAACCAAGAAACGCUGUCAAGGACAUUUUCUCUUUAUGGACUGCUUUGGCACGACGAACUUCAAUAUCUUAUUCUCAAAAGAGGACAUAUUGCUUAAGCGAAACGUCAUCUAUAGGCUCUUUCUCAGAGACACCGCUCUGUAUAGGCUACGCAGUGUCAUGAAAUGUGCGUGUGGCACCGUACCUUAUGUGAUUCAAGACAGUCGUGUUGGAACUUAAAUAAGGGAUAUUUGUCCUAUUUUAACGUUCCUUAAGACAAGGAUGCAAUAUUGAACAUUUUCUACUCAAGACUAUAAAUGGACCUGCAGUCACGCCACCCCUGACGCUCACCCACAGACCGUUUCAUGGGUUCCCGACCAACAAUGGGCGAACCUAACCGGCUUACAUGCCCAGACCUCCGGCUUUAGAAUAUUGGGGGACAUCAUUCAAAGUUCACACAACUCUUAGUAAAAUAGAGGCAACCAAAUUGUAUUGCAUUGAAAGUGAUCGACUGAGAUUUAUCAAAUUAGGCUAUUUGUAAGAGGCAUCAUUUCUGUGCGCUUGAUUGCCAAGAAUGAUUAUCGAUGACGAUAGAUUAUACGUUGUUACAUUGUAGCUAAUUACAUUGUGUAAUUGUUCAUUAAUUAAUCAAGUUACAGUCAAUCAUUGGAGUGUUUGCCUACUCAUUUGCUCAUGAUUUUUCACGUUCAUGCGUAACGGUAUGGGAAUGCCACCAGCGCUGAAAUUUCAUAGGAUGGAACCUAAGGACAACAGAUGGAAUAUUGAUUGAGUGGAGAGAAAAGCAAAACACCAAUUAAUUGACCAACAUUUGGCGUGACUUUUGGUGUACUGCACAAUGGGGGUUUUGCUUCAAGUUAUUCUAGGAAUGUUCCUCUUGCUCUCAAGAAUACGCACGUCCCAUGCCAAGCUAGCCCACUGGAGACCUGCAGACACCACCCCCAAAUCCAGAGAAGUCCGUCGGUGGUUGGAGGUGUACUCUCGUAGUGUUUGUGAGCCCAGGGAUACCCUGGUGGAGGUGUGGCAGGAGUUGCCAGGGGAGACGCAUCACCUCUUCGUGCCCUCCUGUGUGUCUGUCCGCCGCUGUGGCGGGUGCUGCUCUGACGAGGCACUGGAGUGUGUGCCCUCACUCACACAAACUAUCACCAUGGAGCUAAUGAAGACCUCCUUUAUGAAGCAUGAGCUCAUCGAGCUGGACUUCGUUGAGCACAGCCAGUGUGAGUGCAGACUAAAACAGGAUCUUCAGUCAGCACCAACCAGACCUGCAAAGCCUCUGAGUAAAGGCAGGGAAAGGGACAGAGGAAAAUCCAAAAGAAAGAAAAUUGGAACUAUCAAAACCACACCCUCCAAUCCCCCCACUACCCCAUUUCCUCUCCCUACCACCCUGUCUUCCUUGCCAGGCUCCCGAUGUACCCCCUGUCCUGGGAGGAAGUGGACGCUGGAUUUACAGUCUUGUCUGUGUCGCUGCAACGUGACCACAGAGAGCUGCAGUCAGAAAGGGAGGAGACUCAACCAGCACCUCUGCAGAUGUGAGGCCAUGAGGCGGUGAUGAUCUCUCUCCCCCCUCUCUCUCUCUCUCCCCUCUCUCUGUCUCUCCACUGGUUCCAAUGUCACUCUCAGCCAUGCUUAGCGCAAUCCUGGGUACCUCUCUGUCAGGGGUGGGGUGGGGAAGCAUAUUCCUAAGUACUCCCUUCUGUGUCCCUCCUUGUCCUCCAGAAACACCUUUGGGAAGUUUUCACACCCCUUGACUUUUUCCACAUUUUGUUAGAUUACUCUAAAAUUGAUAAAAUUGUUUUUUUUUCUUCAUCAUCAAUCUAUACACAGUACCCCAAAGCAAAAACAGGGUUGUAGAAUAUUUAGCUAAUGUAUUAAAAAUGUAAAACUGAAAUAUCACAUUUAUAUAAGUAUUCAGACCUUUUACUCAGUAUUUUGUUGAAGCACCUUUGGCAGCGAUUACAGCCUCGAGUCUUCUUGGGUAUGACGCUACAAGCUUGGCACACCUGUAUUUGGGGAAUUUCUCCCAUUCUUCUUUGAAGAUUCUCUCAAGCUCUGUCAGGUUGGAUGAGGAGCAUUGCUGCACAGCUGUUUUAAGUUAUCUUCAGAGAUGUUCGAUCGGGUUCAAGCUAUUCCUAUGUUGUCCUGGCUGUGUGCUUAGGGUUGUUGUCCUGUUGGAAGGUAAACUUUUGCCCCAGUCUGAGGUCCUGAGCACUCUGGAGCAGGUUUUCAUCACGGAUCGUUCUGUACUUUGCUCCGUUCAUCUUUGCCUUGAUCCUGACUAGUGUCCCAGUCCCUGCUGCUGAAAAACAUCCCCAAAGCAUGAUGCUGCCACCACCAUGCUUCACUGUAGGGAUGGUGCCAGGUUUCCUCCAGACGUGACGCUUGGCAUUCAUGCCGAAGAGUUCAAUCUCGGUUUCAUCAGACCAGAGAAUCUUGUUUCUCAAGGUCUGAGAGUCUUUAGGUGCCUUUUGGCAAACUCCAAGGGGAAUGUCAUGUGCCUUCUACUGAGGAGUGGCUUCCUUCUGGCCACUCUACCAUAAAGGCCUGAUUGGUGGUGCUGCAGAGAUGGUUAUCCUUCUGGAAGGUUCUCCCAUCUCCACAGAGGAACUCUGGAGCUCUGUCAGAGUGACCAUCGGGUUCUUGGUCACCUCCCUGACAAAGGCCCUUCUCCCCCCCCCGACUGCUCAGUUUGGCCAGGCUGCCACCUCUAGGAAGAGUCUUGGUGGUUCCAAAUUUCUUCCAUGUAAGAAUGAUGCAGGCCACUGUGUUCUUGGAGACCUUUAAUGCUUCAGAAAUGUUUUUGGUACCCUUCCCCAGAUCUGUGCCUCGACACAAUCCUGUCUUGUAGCUCUACUGACAAUUCCUUUGACCUCAUAGCUUUGUUUUUGCUCUGACAUGCAUUGUCAACUGUGGGACCUCAUACAGACAGCUGUCCAAUCAAUUUAAUUUACCACAGGUGGACUCAAUCAAGUUGUUGAAACAUCUCAAGGAUGAUCAAUGGAAACAAGAUGCACUUGAGCUGAAUUUUGAGUCCCAUAGCAAAGGGUCUGAAUUCUUAUGUAAACAAGGUAUUUCUAUUUUUGUAUUUUUAAUACAUUCUAAAAACCUGUUCUUGCUUUGUCAUCAUGGGGUAUUGUGUGUACAUUGCUGAGGAUAUUUGUUUUUGAAUCGAUUCUAGAAUAAGGCUGUAACAAAAUGUGGAAAAAGUCAAAGGGUCUGAAUACUUUCCGAAACCACUGUAUAUACACAUGUGCACCAACUGUGUCUAGAUCUGUAUAUGUGCAGUCAGUCAGUCUCAUCAUCACACAGCUUCUUCAGGCACUUAGUCAACAUGUUUAGAAACGCCGUCUCCUGCACAAGGGACAAUGAUGGGACCAAAUGUAAAGCACAGUAUUGAUGUCCGGUAUCAUGAUGGCAAUGUGAGGCAGUGGGUGGCCAGGACGUCAAUUGUGGACCGGACACAAUUCAACACUCACACCUCCGCUUCUGUAUGAGACAUUGGGACAUGAAGAGGAUUUAGAGACUGAUCACAGAUUAGAUAUAACAGACAUGUUCAUGUUGAAUUUUGUUGUUGUCUUCAUAGACACGGUGGGUCAGUGUUGCCCAUGAACUGGAGUUGGACUUUUUUUGCAGAAAGACAAUGGCAACAGUGAUGAUGAUCCUGGUCUUGAAACACGUGUUAUAUUUUCUACAGGGAGACUCCGAUAGGAGAAUGAUUCCAGGGUCAAGUCAUUAAAGUGCAGUAAAGAUAUAGAAUAGUGAAUGGACACACACACACAUGGACAAACACAUGCACACACACACACCAGCUAUGUGUAUAAAGCCGUCAGGCUGCACCCCCAUAGACCAAUAGCUAAGUGAGUUGAAUAGCUGCAUAGACUGUAUUUGUGUGGUCUACACAUUGAUUGGCACAGAUGGGUUACCCUGCUGUCUCUCAUUCACAGUGUAUGGUCACAGGCUGAAUCACUAAAGGGUUUUCUGUCAUUUGUUUGAUUUGGUUUUUGUCUCCAUCUUUCUGCUCCAGAGUGAAAGGGCUGUUCACGCCGACAGGGCAGUGAGGGGAAUGACAAUGAUGAAGCCUGGCUAUGGUCCAGGGGUUCACAAACACACACACACACACACACACACACACACACACUUCUAAAUAGAAAUGAAUGCAGGUAUCUUAUAAGCUUUUGUUUUACAUGCAAUAUAAAGAGUGGAAUUAAGUAUAACAUUUUUAAAUCUAAAUGUUUUUUAUACUUCAUUUUAUUGUAUUUGUAUAAGUUGUUAUAUUUUGGCAUAAUUUUGUCCUGUUGACUUAAAAGAUUAUCUAUAUUGUGAAAAAUGUCUUUGUUUUUGUUUGUUCUUAAUCCGUGUACAUAAAGAGUUCCUCUGGCUGGCCGACUAAUACCACUAUUUAGACAUGAGGCGUCUAAACAUAUGGACAACUGUGUAGCAUUUAAACAGGGAGAGAGUUCUCAAUGGUCAAACAAUCUGACACAAUAUACAUUAUAAUGUGCAACAAAAAUAUUCACCAGGGAAAUGUUGUCUCGUAAAAAGAAAACAUGUAGUAUUAUACAUCAUUAUCUGGUGUUUGUAUUGUUUUGUGGAACUGAGAUGGGAUGGGUGUCUGGAACAUAACAGAUUUAUUUACUGAUAGAGUUUCUCCUACCCCCAUAUAGCAUGUCACUGGUGAAACAGGAUUUGGUCCAUAACUAUGGUCCAUGGCCGUGUCAGAAUUGAUGUGUCAGAAUUGAAGUGUUUGAACAACUUGGCCAUUAGCAUGGUAAGCAAGCUACAGAUACAGUUACGGGUCUAUUUACUUUGGGUAGCCAUCAAUCUGAAUCAGGGUGGCAGGCUUUCUGUCUGUGAGGGAUGCUUAGAGCUGUGUGGGUAAGGAUACAGCUACAAUAUAAUAUUGGUUAGCAAGAAUCUCAUUCAACAAACAAAACAAAUGAUCUCUCUUCUUUCACAUCAAGUUUCCAUACCUGUUAGCAGUUCUAGAACCCUCCUAAUGUAAAACAUAUUGCAAUUCCAGAACCUGAGUGUCACAUUCCAAGUGUUAUUCCACUGACAUUCCUUUUUAUAUUGUCCUUUUAUUUUGAACUCGGUCUGAAAUGUUUAUUUUCACUAAGCAAUAAGUAUGGCCUCUGAUUCAGAGACUGGGAUGAGCAUACAAGUAUUUUAGCUGAAGUAGCAGAUUCCUCUCCAAAAAGAAUGAGAUAAAACUCUGACAACAUAUCAAUGAUUCUCCUGAAGUCUGCCUGUUAACAGAUACAGCUGAGGGAUUUGUGAGCUGUAUGUGAAAAGCGUGUUUGAAUUCAGGCUCUGAGAUUGGUCCUGUGAUGGCAGUCAGACCAGACACUAUGCAGCUCUACUGAGUAUGUCUCCCCUCCCCUCUCUAUACAUUGAAGCAUCUGUGAGCUCCUCUCCUCUUAAUGGUGGCCUGUGAAUGCCAAAACAACCCCCCUGCUGUGUAGUUUGCAAAGCGUCAUUGUCAAACAUUGUGAGGGUCCACAGGAAACUGUCUGUGAGCCCACUCUCUGAGGGUGUCUCAGGGAGAGUUGGGAUAUGCAAAAAACACAUUUACAAUUUACACAUGCAUAUAAUACACACUUGUGUAUGUGUGAAACAGGACAGAUAUAACCACCCCACAUUAUCAUUAUGAAACUUGCCAGUUACAGAAAGACUUGGAGAAGGGACUAUAUUCUCCAUUCAUACAGUAAUAUACUACAAAUGUCCAUUACAUAUCCGACAUGAAUGUGCUGGUUGCUCCUCUUUUCUGCACGCACUUAGUCUUCCCUCAGCCACUGUGUUGUAGACCCAUGAGUUUGGCAAAGCGAGUCUAGAACAUACCCUAUCUACUGUCUAGGUAGACCUAUUCAAGCCCCAACUGUCUUAUACUCCGCUAUAGCAGGCAGACCCUGACUAAAUGUAGAUCAUAAUAAUAAUACUAUAUAAUGUCUUAUAUCCAGCCACCAUCAUGUGUAUGACCUAGAGCAUACUUUAGAAUGUCUUAUAUCCAGCCACCAUCAUGUGUAUGACCUAGAGCAUACUUUAGAAUGUCUUAUAUCCAGCCACCAUCAUGUGUAUGACCUAGAGCAUACUUUAGAAUGUCUUGUAAUUCAUUCCAGCUAUACUCCCAUGUUACAGAAUCUACAAUUACAAAUGCGUUGUAAUGUGUAUAACACUGAUAUUGCUGCUACACCAUUUAUGCCCUAUUUGAUGUGUGUGUGUCGCUGUACCAUGCCGUUUUGUGUCACAGUAUAUUAUGGCGAUUAAUCAGUUCAAUGUCUAUGUAAACAAAGAAGCAUACUGUACUGCUGAGGAUGUUAGUACUACUAGGAAAUGUUCAAAACAAAACAACCAUGAUACAAUGUUCCAGAUAUUAUUAAAGGAAAUGUCUUAUU